AUGGCCUCCGUAUUUUUGGGAGUCUAUGUCGCUCUGUACGACUAUCAGGCCCAGAACGAUGAGGAACUUUCCAUACAGGAGAAUGAUCUUCUUUAUCUUCUCGAAAAAUCCGAUAUAGAUGACUGGUGGAAAGUGAAAAAGAGAGUCGUCGACGCAGACGUCGAAGAACCCUCAGGACUGGUUCCCAGCACCUAUAUCGAGCCGGCAAAGGUGAUAGGACAUGCUACAGCCCUGUACGACUAUGAUAAACAGACAGAAGAAGAGCUUACCUUCACCGAAGGCGCCCAAUUCGACGUUUACGAUACGUCUGACCAAAACUGGACUCUUGUUGGCUUGAAUGGUCAGCAAUUCGGAUUUGUGCCUGCUAAUUACAUAGAGAUGGGACAGACUCAGCAGCCUACCUCGCAAGUGCCACACCUGUCUUCUUAUGGGUCUAAUACCGCUCUGAAAGACUUCCCUCCUCCUCCGCAGAAAGCCGACGCACGUGAAGACAGAGCUCCAUCGAUCGAAUCUCCUGCUCCACAGAUGCCUGUCAGGCCAAAUAUCACCGGAUCUGCGCAUUCUCCAGACGAGGAAGCGCCUCCUCCGAUGCCUUCCAGACCGAGAAGCAGCACCGUUAAUUCCAGAAGAAGCGUGGUUUCCGACACCUAUGCGGAGUCUCGCUAUUCCGAUGGUGUGCCAGCCACUCAGGACAACGAUGCAUUUGUGAAGGACGACUUCUUCACCUGGACGGUGUAUGAGAUUGACGGCAGGAAGAAAAAGAAGGCCACGUUUGCAAUUGGCAACUCGUCGAUUUUUAUCACCCCUAGCGGAUCGUCGGAUUCUAGAGAUUGGAGCAUCAACGAUUUGCUCAAUUACAGCCACGAGAAGAAACAUGUGUUCCUAGACUUCAAGAACCCAAAUGCUUCAUAUGAGUUACAUGCUGGAACGAAAGAUUCCGCAGAGGCCAUUGUGUCGAUUUUGGGCGAUCUCAAGGGCAUGGCCUCGAUGAGUGCCCUGAAAGACGUCAAGGAGGCAUCAAUUCCUAAUACGAAGAAACAAGGAAAGAUCAUAUACGACUUCGAGGCCGCCUCUCCAGACGAGCUUACUUGUUUCGAGGGUGACACCGUCAACAUUAUCAACGACAAAAAGAGCAAGGACUGGUGGAUGGUGCAGAACGUUGAAACCGGAGAACAAGGGGUGGUCCCUUCAAACUAUGUCAAGAUUAUAGGUUCAAGCUCUGGAUCUGCUGCGGCAGCCGGUCUGAGGUCUUUAUUCUCCAGAAAAGGCUCCUCCUCGUCGCUGAGUCCUAAGAAGAAACGUGCUGAGAAGGAGAGGAAAAAGGAGGCAGAAAGAGAAUUGGCUCUUGAAAGAGAGGAAUUGGAAAGACAGAGACGUCGCCAACAACGUAAAGAGAGGGAGCUUAGAGACCGUUCUGAAAGAGAGAGAGUCAGAAAAGCGGACGAAAGGGAAAGAGAAAAAAGGGCCAAAUCCGGCUCCAAGCACAAGGACUCAUCAAAGCCUAAUCCGUACCGUGUUCGUACUUGGAUCGACAGAUCUGGUGCGUUCAAGGUUGAGGCCGAAUUUCUGGGAUGUUCUGAUGGUAAGAUCCAUUUGCAUAAAGUGAAUGGUGUCAAGAUCGCUGUUGCUGCUCAGAAGUUGUCUGUUGAAGAUUUGGAGUUUGUGGAAAGAAUAACCGGUAUGUCCCUGGAGUCUUACAAGGACAAAAAGCCAUCACCUCCUCAACGGUCAGAGCCAGCUCCAGCUGUUGUUACGGCUCCAGAAAAACCUAAGAGCUCAGCAAUACCUUUCAAUGAAAAAUUGUAUGAAUUUUGGUUUGACUUCUUUGUCACUUGCGGAGUGGACGCAAACGUUUGUGAUAAGUAUGCAAGAAAUUUCACCACAGAGCAGAUGGACGAGGCCAUCAUGGCAGACAUCGAUACUCCUUUGAUGAGAACACUUGGAUUGAAAGAAGGAGACAUCUUGAGAGUUAACAAGUAUUUGGAUAAUAAGUUCAACCGCAAGCCAGAGCCUCUCUCGACUCAACCAACUAAUGGCGGCCUAUUCAGUACCAAUGACGGCUCGUUGAAGACUAACAAGGCAAAUGCAUCGAUGGACUCUGUAAACGGCCAAAAUCUGAAACAGCAAUUUGAAGACGACGCCUGGUCGUUGAAACCGGCUGCUAAGACUGGCGAAUCCAAGACUGUGACGCCACAGCUCACCGGGUCGAUCCAGGAUUUAGUCAACAUCAAGCCAAUGGAGCCAACGAAGAGUGGCAUUACCGAUUCUUCAGCUUCUGCUUCUGCGCCUCAGAAGCCCGCAUCGACGGGCUCGACCAGCACCCUUCCAACUGUUACUCCUCAGAAGACUUCUGGCACUCUGAACCCACAACUGACAGCCAUGCAGACCGGCGCCCUGAUGGCAAUGCCUACAGGUUUCAUGCCUAUUACCAUGGUUCCUAUGCUUACAGGACAAGCCACAGGCUUGAUACCUUUGCAACCAACAGGAAAAAUCAUUCCGGCCACUACUUUUGCUCAGAGGACCGGAGGCGCCAUGCCAGCCACGACCUUUGCUCAGAAGACAGGUGGUUUCAUGCCUGUGACCACGUUUGGUUCUCUUGCUCAGCCUCAGCCAACGGGAGGCUUGGUGCCUCUGCAGCCAACGGGUCUGGUGAUUAACAAGACAGGAGGAGUGCAAAGAACUGGAGGUAAUCUGGUGCCUUUGCAGACCAGUUUCCCGGCUAUGCAGGCCACUAUGAGAACAGGCGGUUUGAUGGGUCAACCUACGGGUACUUUUGGACAGCAGACACUCUUGCCAGGCGGAGUGAUGGGACAGCAGACCGGAUUUCAGAAUGGUGGCUUGGGACAACCAGCUGGCUUCCAAUCCGGAUAUCAGCCAGGUUUCCAACCAAACUUCCAGCCAAACUUCCAAACCGGUCUUCAGACUGGAGCACAGCCAACACUGCAUACUGGAUUGCAAAAUGGACUGACGGGUCAGCGUACUGGCUUUGUUCCUCAGAGCCAAUUCGGCAUGAAUCAACUCAGCAACAUGUUUGCGCAAACUUCGCUCGGUGGCCCAACGGGUACGAAUUACAUGAACACAGGCAUGAACAUGAACGGCAUGAAUACUGGGUUCAACACCAUGUCCAACCCAGCUGCGAACUUUAACACGGGCAUGAAUAUGAAUGGCAUGAACCAGCUCCCACCAACCAGCUUCAAUUCUUCGUUCAAUGAGCCUUUAACGUCGCAGCCAACUGGACUGGGCUUUGGAAAUGCACCUUCCACAUCUUUUGGACUGCAAAGUCAACCUACCGGCAAAAGAGCUAAUUUGGCUAAUGCUACCGCAGAUAAUCCGUUUGGAUUUUAA